AUGGCCACCACAAUACGGUAUGGCACCAGGUUAGAACACCUUCACGACGCGGUGAAACUCUCCUCUCGCGGUCAGACAGCGGUGUCGGUAUGGAUCAACGAUGAUAUUCGCCCCCUCCCACCCAGCCGGCGUACCUGGACUACCAUGACGUUCAUCGGAUGGUGGUCGGUCUGGCAGCUCAGUCUGACCAACUGGCAACUGGGCGGCUCACUCGUGGCGUCGUCGUUGUCGGUAUGGCAAACGAUGGUGGCGGUGAUUCUCGGGAGGACAAUCGCGGCUAUCGUUGCAAUUCUAAUUGGAUACAUUGGGGCCGAGUGGCAUAUCGGGUUUCUCGUGUAUUCGCGAGCCAUCUGGGGGGUUUUUGGAGCCUUUUUCCCAACCCUAUUACGGAUUGGGCUCACGGUCGUCGGGUUCGCUUUUCAGUCCUACACUGGUGGCCUUUGCGUGACAGCAAUUCUCUCUGGGAUCUUUCCUACCUUCUUUCGGAUGUCCAAUACUUUGCCCCCAUCUGCGCAUGUCACAUCUCAGCAGAUUAUCGGAUGGGCCAUCUUUAACAUCAUUUCGAUUCCUGUGCUUUAUCGCCGACCCGAAAGAAGCGAGAAGCUGAUGUUUGGAAUGAAUAUUGUAUCCUUUGCAGCCUUACUGGGCAUCAUGAUCUGGUCCUUGUCGCACGCCCACGGCGCAGGAGACUUAAUCCAUCAACCGUCGCAACUGCAGACCAGCGAGUCCUUGGGAUUCGGAAUCAUGCAAGGCAUUACUACGGUGGUCGGAACUCUUUCCAUCGCUCUGAAUGAUGUUCCUAACCUCCAUUCAGCGAGUCAGAUGGACUUCUCCCGCUUUGCUCAAAAGCCGAGUGAUCAGGUCUUCGGCCAGUGGUUCACAUUCAUUAUCAUCGGCUCCAUCAUGCCCUUGUUUGGCUGUUUGACGAGUUCUGCGACGCAGGCGAUCUAUGGUGAAGCACUCUGGAACCCUCCCACCAUCCUCGCCAUGUGGUUACAGAAAGAUUACAGUUCCACCUCCCGCGCGGCUGCAGUACAAAGCGUUCCUAACCUAUGGACAGGAUAUUCGGUGGGUAUGGACCUCUCUGGUCUGCUCCCCAAGUACAUCAACAUCCGACGCGGAUGUUACGUCGGACUCAUUCUCGGAAUGGCACUCUGUCCAUGGGAGCUGUUGGCCUCGGCAACCACUUUCGUCAGUGUGAUCUCGUCAUUCUCGAUCUUCAUGGCCCCAUUCUGUGGUAUCCAUAUCGGUGACUACUGGUUUAUCCGGCAAAGACGGCUUAAGCUUUCUGAUUUAUACCACGCCCGGCCUGAAGGAAUCUAUUUCUACACCAUGGGUUUCAACUGGCGGAGUGUCCUUCCUUGGCUUGUUGGAUGGGUUCCUCUGCUUCCUGGGUUCAUGCACAGUAUCAAUCCCGCCAUCCAGGUGUCUGUAGGGGCUGAUCAUCUUUACGCACUCGGAUUCCCCUACGGGCUGCUGUCUUCUAUGGCCAUCCACACCCUCGUUAAUAAGUGCUUCCCACCUCCAGGCGUCGGAGAGAUUGACCGGGACGAUACCUACGGAACUUUUACGGUCGAGGAGGCGGCGAAAUUAGGCGUCAACAAAGACUCUACGGAGGAGGAUAGUGACAGGUCGCUCAGCCAUGAGAGUCGAGAGGCUGUAGAAACCAAAGUUUAG